CACCUAUUUUACCAUAGAUGGGCCGUUUUAAGGUCCACAAAACAUGAAUCUGUCAGAGUUUUUAGAGGCUAUUUAAAGGUGGACAUCAGCAUUUCAUUUAGAGGACAAAUUCCUAAGCUUCCAAUUAAUGUUCAAAAUAAUGAUAUUGAUGGAAAUUUGCUGGUACAGGAAGAAGGAAUAUUGGAAAGACAAACGGCUCUUUUUAUUUUUGAUAUUUAUAAAUGUAUAAACUUAACAUACAAACCAAGCAACAAGAUCAAUGUUCCCAAGAAAAAGUGUAAAGGUGUUGAGUGCGGUCCGAAUAGUUUUAUUAGAGUUUAUUUUGCAGCUCAAAGUGUUAAAACACGACAUUUUUUUAACAAUAAAAACCCAGCCAUAAAUCAACGAUUAAUAUUAAGAGAUACAUACCCCACAGUGGCUCAAAGAAUUAAACUGGAAGUUCAUUAUUCCGAUGAUAGAACACAUCUACCUCAUGCUUCGUACAAUGUAAAUUUAAAAUACAUUUCUAAUGCUAGCGAAGAUGGUUUUUUACCUUUGUUUGGACCCACAUUUGUACACUUGUAUACAAAAAAAAAUAUGCAAGGUUAUGCUGGAUCUGUUUUGAUGGAAAUGAAAACCGAAAUUAAAGAUAUAAUGUUGGUUGAUGCUGCUAUGAAACAGCGUGAGAUACCCAGAGAACUUUACGAAAAAUCAUACGUUAAAGAAAUCGAAAAUUUACUACAGGAAAAAGAUUAUGUUGGUGUUGAAAAUAUUGUCGACGAAUCUUUGCAAUAUUUGGCUACGGCAGCUGUAAAAUAUUUAGAUAUAAUACAACGAUAUAAUUUGGAAGAAGGAACUAAAUUAGAACAGGAUGUUAUAAUUCAAAUUUUAAGCGAGCGAACUUUAAAGUCUGAAUCUAUAAGCGAGGAAGUAAAAAAUCCUAGGGAAGAAAGAAUUAACCCAAUUGGAUUUCUUAAAGAUCGCGUUGGCUCCUUUAUUGGCGCAAUAAGGGAAAUACGAAAACAAUCCAAAUCUUCUGAAAAAACGCCAACAAAACCGAAAAGAUUAUCGGUUUUAUUGACAAGGGAGGAAACAGAUUAUGUGGACACUGAUGACUUUGAUUGGUGGACCAAAUUUUAUGCAUCCGAAAAGGAAAAGCCCAAAGAUAUAACGCAAUAUAUAGUCCCUGUAAUGGAACGAAUCAAAUUAAAGAUAUAUCCAAACGAACUCGAAAAGCAGCCAGAAUUCAAAGGUUUCACUGACACUCUGUUCCCCUUCGAAAUAUUCAAAGGAAGGCGCACUGGAGAUCAUGCUCUGGACGAUACAAAAAUCACGGGGGUUUUCAAAGGAAAUAUAAAAGUUUACCGUUGGCCUCCCGAGGAGGGGAACGCCGAUUGCGUUACCGCCAGUGGCGUGAACGUGAACGACGGGGGCAUUUUUCAGGACCUCCCUCGAAAUCUCCCUUUGAAAUUCGUUGCCAGGAUCUACGUAGUGCAGGCAUUGAAUUUAAGACCGAAGGAUGUUUUGGGAACAGCAGAUCCUUAUAUUCGCGUUAUUUUUAACAAGGAAGUGGUGGAGGACAAGCAAAUUUAUAUCGCUAAUAAAAGUAAUCCUAUAUUUGGAAGAUGUUUUGAAUUUCAAGGCACAUUUCCCGAGGAUAAUACUGUAACUAUAGAAGUUUGGGACUGGGAUAGACUCUCUAAAGACGAUUUAAUUGGCAAAACUGUAAUAGAUAUAGAAAAUAGAUUUUAUACAAAAUAUAGAGCAUGCUGUGGAAUAUCAGAAGUAUAUCAAAAGUAA